AUGGCGCAUGGUCACCAAGUGCAUGACAUAGCAACGCUGCAUGCGCGGGCUGCGGCGGCCGCGAAGCAGCAGCACGAGGAGUGGGACACAGCAGGCCAGGAAAGGUUCAGAACAAUUACAAGCAGUUACUACCGAGGAGCUCAUGGAAUCAUUAUCGUAUAUGACGUGACAGACAUGGAGAGCUUCAAUAACAUCAAGCAGUGGCUGAGUGAGAUUGAUAGGUAUGCCAGUGACAAUUUAUGCAAGCUUCUUGUUGGGAACAAGUGUGAUUUGGUCGACAGUAAGGUUGUUGAUACUGAAAAAGCAAAGGCAUUUGCGGAUUCGUUAGGAAUUCCCUUUAUCGAGACAAGUGCAAAGGAAUCCAUCAAUGUGGAGGAAGCUUUCCUAACCAUGUCAUCAGAAAUCAAGAAAAGGAUGGCAACCCAGACCCAACCUAGCGUGGAGAGGAGACCCACCGUCCACGUUCACAUGAAAGGGCAGCCAAUACAGUAGGAGAGCAGCUGCUGCUCGUCAUAGUCACGGGCUUUGUCAAAAGCAAGCAAGCAAGGGUAUACCUGCAGUGCUCCGUUCCUAUCAUCAGGGAGCACUUCAGUUUUGGUGAGUGGUUGGAGGGAUGUUGCGAGACUUUGUCCGAUCAAGAUAAUUGGAAGAAUGCACUGGAUGGAAUGGAGGAUACUAAAAACGUGUGUUGUUUUAGCUUUAUAGAUGUCCAUCUUUUAUACAGAUUAGA